CGGUUGACGAUUGAAAGUCAUAAAAAAUUCAGCGUUAAACUAGAAACAAGAGGUGUUUAAAGUUGUUGCAACUUUAUUAAUAGUAUUUUGAUAUACUAAAGGUAUUGUCUUGUUGUGAUAGGAAAAUGACUAACGAUAGUCAAGUGCAAGGUACUGCAACGACUGUGGCAGCGACUAGUACUGCCACAACGAGUCGUACUAAUGCUCCGCCGGCAAUCGCACCAGCGGAGAAACCCGAAAAGUUCACAGGUAUUGACUUCAAGAGGUGGCAGCAGAAAAUGUUUUUCUACCUCACUACUCUUUGUCUUCAAAGGUUCACAUUUGAGUAAGCUUCAGAGGUGCCUGAGGGAACCUCUGAACAAGAGCGAUUUGUGAUUGUGGAGGCUUGGAAACUCUCUGAUUUCCUUUGCAGGAACUAUAUUUUAAGUGGUUUCCAAGAUGAUCUCUACAAUGUGUAUAGUGGAACAAAGACAGCUAAAGAGUUGUGGGGAGCGCUAGAACGGAAGUACAAGACAGAGGAUGUCGGAACUAAAAUGUUCUUCGUUGCAAGAUUCCUGAAAUAUAAGAUGAUAGAAAGCAAGUCUGUUGUUUCCCAAGUGCAGGAACUGCAAGUGAUCAUCCAUGAUCUCCUUGCGGAAGGUUUGAUCGUGAAUGAAACAUUUCAAGUAGCAGCAAUAAUAGAGAAGCUACCACCUAUCUUGAAGAACUUCAAGAACUAUUUGAAACACAAACGUAAGGAGAUGUCUGUCGAAGAUUUAAUCGUAAAAUUGCGUGGAAAGAAGGUCAAGAGAAAAUUCUUCAAUGAAUGGAGCAAAUAUUGUAGAAGGUGACUACAACUCUAAAAAAUGAAAUAAAGCUGAAAAUGAAAGUAAUCGACUCAAGAAGAAAUUCAAGGGAAAGUGCUUCAACUGUGGCAAGAUUGGUCACAAAUCAACUGAUUGUCGGGCCUCUAAGAAAGGCAAGAAAAAAAGACCAAGCAAAUGAUGUGGCUGAGUCCAAGAAAGAAAUGGAUGAUCUGUGUGUCAUGCUUUCCGAAUGCAACUUGCUGGGAAAUCCUCGCGAAUGGUGGAUGGAUUUCGGUGCCACCCUCCAUGUUUGUGCUAAUAAGGAGUUGUUCUCGACGUUUGCUCCGGCUCAAGGAGAAGAAAAACUUUUCAUGGCUAACUCCGCUACUGCAAAAUUAGAAGGAAUAGGAAGAGUAUGCUUGAAAAUGACUUCAGGCAAAGUGUUGACACUUAACAAUGUCCUGUACGUACCGGAGUUAAGAAAGAACUUGAUUUCUAUAUCACUUCUAGAUAAAAACGGAUCCAAAUGUGUAACUGUUUUCGAAAAAGUUGUAAUUAGCAAAGGAGAAGUGUAUGUAGGAAAAGGCUAUCUCACUGAGGGCCUAUAUAAGAUGAAUGUAAUGACUAUUGAAAUCAAUAAAAAUUCUGCUUCUUCUUA